CAGUGAAGGCUGAGAGGUGGCGGGAGCUCCACUUCAGAGUCGAUCCCCCUGUACACAAAAGAACCCCCUAAGUAAGAGCGAAAGGCACCUCACGAACCACAACCAUGAAUGGGACAGAAGGCCAAGACUUCUACGUGCCCAUGUCCAACAAGACCGGGGUGGUGCGGAGCCCCUUCGAGUACCCCCAGUACUACCUGGCUGAGCCCUGGAAGUUCUCAGCACUAGCUGCCUACAUGUUCAUGCUGAUCCUGCUCGGCUUCCCCAUCAACUUCCUCACGCUCUACGUCACCAUCCAGCAUAAGAAACUCCGGACACCUCUAAACUACAUCCUUCUGAACCUGGCAGUCGCUGACCUCUUCAUGGUCUUUGGAGGCUUCACGACCACCAUGUACACCUCGAUGAACGGGUACUUUGUCUUUGGAGUAACAGGGUGUUACAUUGAAGGCUUCUUUGCCACACUGGGAGGUGAAAUUGGUCUCUGGUCACUGGUGGUCCUGGCUAUCGAAAGAUACGUAGUGGUCUGCAAGCCCAUGAGCAACUUCCGUUUCGGGGAGAACCACGCCAUCAUGGGGGUUGCCUUCUCCUGGAUCAUGGCCUUGGCAUGUGCGGCUCCCCCGCUCUUCGGCUGGUCCAGGUACAUCCCCGAGGGCAUGCAGUGCUCAUGUGGGAUCGACUAUUACACUCUGAAGCCAGAGGUCAACAACGAAUCUUUCGUCAUCUACAUGUUUGUGGUUCACUUCAUGAUCCCGCUUGCAAUCAUUUUCUUCUGCUACGGGAACCUGGUUUGCACUGUCAAGGAGGCUGCUGCCCAGCAGCAGGAGUCUGCCACCACCCAGAAGGCAGAAAAAGAAGUAACCCGCAUGGUCAUCAUCAUGGUCAUUUCCUUCCUGAUCUGCUGGGUCCCCUAUGCCAGUGUCGCGUUCUACAUCUUCACCAACCAAGGAUCAGACUUUGGGCCCAUCUUCAUGACCAUCCCGGCGUUCUUCGCCAAGAGCUCCUCCAUCUACAACCCUGUCAUCUACAUCGUAAUGAACAAACAGUUCCGUAACUGCAUGAUCACAACCCUCUGCUGUGGCAAGAACCCGCUGGGAGACGAGGACACGUCUGCUGGCAAGACAGACACCUCCUCCGUCUCCACCAGCCAGGUCUCUCCUGCGUAGGCCCCACCUGGGCCAGUCCCUGGGGUGCACGAACUUAGUCCCACCGCUGUCACCACCUGCCCCUGCUUCGCCACGGCCAAGGCCCUGUGGGGCGGGCUCCUCUCUCCUGGCACUAGGAACCCUGGGAACAAGGCUGAAAAUGUGUACACACGUUUUGUAAUUAAAAUGCAAAGAUUUAGCUCCUCUGGC